AUGAGUCGUGAAGAGCUGCCUUUCGAGGUUAUCCAGACAUGGAAACCUGAGCAACUGAAAGAGUUCUGUCGCAAGCAGGACUUGAAGGUUUCAGGAACCAAAGCUGAACUUGUAGCCCGCGUAUUUGCCGCGGCAGAAAUGGGCAUUUCCAUCAAGCCAACUGCUCUGGAACGAAUUGCUGCUACCGAAAAAGAGAAGGCAAAAUUACUCAUAAUGCCAAACGGGACCUCAGUUCCAGAUCCUUUGACACUGAAGGAUGGCUGGGUGAAGGAAAGCGAGAACAUGGCUUCUUGGCCGCCGAUAUACCUGAGUGAUAUAACAUUGUUUUUGAUGAGUGAUCACCCAGGGAAGGAUGUUGACUUCCACAAACGCGUCCUAAAUGAAUACAAAGAAGGGAAGGCGUAUCGUUUGUUUGACUCUGGCUGGUUGAAAGAGAUAUCAUAUCAUAAAAUCACGGAUGACUCGGAAUAUUGCUUUUUAAAAGCAAAAUGCACUCAUUCCAUGAAAAUAUCGGAUACACCGCAUUCUGCAUGGAUUUGUGCGAACAAGAAUGAUGGCUUUAUAGUCAAUGCCUACUGUACAUGUGUUGCUGGGUUUGUAUUACCAAGAUAGAUAAAAGUGGACAUAAAUUAGUAUUAAUUUGUAGGGUCAAACCCUAUUUUUCAUAUCAUUUCAUAGUUUCAUGUUACUGGUGUGAUGGUUCUAUAUGGUGGUAGGGACUCAACCAUGGAAUUAAAAAGGGUACAAGCUCCUUGAAACUAAGAGAGAGUCAUAAACCAACUAGUGGUCUAUUACAAAUCCUUUAUUCUGAUUGAUUGAUUGUGGUACAUUUGUCAUAUAGCACAUUCUGACUUGAGGUCUAAUUAUUAAAUAAUAGGGAGAUGAAUUUCACAAAACUAGGAGCAGGGCCAUAUUAUUCUUGAGCCCCCCAACAGUGUUGAGGUUUUUAGAUGCUACAUGAUUAUUUUCAUUCCCUUUUUUAUAAUUUCAGAAUGAGCAGCUCUUGUAUUCACAUCACAGCAUUGCUGUUUAGAGUUGAGGCUGCUAAUAGAAGUGGAAUGACCAACCCAGCUUGCACAUCAAGACAAUGUGUGUGGAAUGUCCCAUCAGAAAAGACAGUUAUCAAGCCAACAAAGAUUGCUGACAUGAAUUGGAAGUCAUCAAAACUAAAUAAAGGUAACUAAGUAACGGUAAGAUAUAGUAAACAUAGGACAUAGGAAUCACUGCUAUUGGAGAAAUGCUAAAAAAUAAAUAUGCUAAACUAUUUUGCAAACAAGGCUGAACUUCAUUCAUGCAGCAUCACGAUACAGUGUCCCUGUAAUAUUGCCACAAAAUGUAGCAACCUCUGAGCCUAUGAUUACCUCAUGAUUUGAUCAGCUUUGUUUUUGUUUUCUUGAGAACCUACCAGAGCAACUGUAGACAGCAGGCAUAGCCUAUUUCAGCCGGUAGAAAAAAAGAGGGCUCUGGAUGACAGUGAGAGAAGGAGAAGUUUCUACGAGAAUUUAAAGGAUACAUUUCCAGACUCCUGUUUUGUGUUGAUGGGUCAAGCUGAAUGCACACCAGAGCCACUACAACCAAUUAUCUACUCCUUGAGAAAGUGACAUACUUUCCAGUGAUGAAAUUGAUGCUAUGGAGGAAAUAACUGUUGGUCCGACUGAAAAUGAGGCUUGGCACCAGCAAAAGGAGGGCAGAAUAACUGCCUCAAAUGUUUACAGGGCAUUGACUAGAGUAGAAUCAGUGAGUCAAGCUGAAUGCACACCAGAGCCACUGCAGGCAAUAUCUACUCCUAGAGAAAGUAACAUAGUCUCCAGUGAUGAAAUUGAUGCUAUAGAGAAAAUAACUGUUGGCCAGGCUGAUAAUGAGGCUUGGCACCAGCAAAGGGAGGGCAGAAUAACUGCCUCAAACUUUUAUAGAGUAUUCACUCAAGUAGAAUCAAUGAAAGUCAAUGAAGAAAAUAGUGCCGAUAAACUUGUUGAUAGCUUAUUGGGAAAAGUUAAACCACCUACACAUUUACCAGCUCUUAAAUAUGGCAGAGAUAUGGAGCCCAUUGCAGUUAAGGAAUUCAUCAAAUACUUCAAAAAACACCACAAGGAUGUUAGGUAUAGAGAAUGUGGUAUCUUUAUUGAUAAAACUAAACAUUACUUGGGAGCAUCCCCAGACUUACUGAUAGAGUGCUCUUGUUGUGGGGAAGCAGUAGUAGAGAUCAAGAACCCUUUUAGCAUUGCCAAUGAAAUUCCCUCAGCACAUAAUCUGUCAUACUUAUGUAUGUGUAAUGGACAAGUAGCUUUAAAGCAGCAGCAUCAGUACUUUGCCCAGGUCCAGGGUGAGAUGGCUAUAACAAAGAGGCAAUUGGGCUAUUUCUUUGUAUACACACAAAAGGGCUAUCACUUGGAAACAAUAAGAUUUAAUGCCACAUACUGGCAUAGGCUUGAAGAAAAUCUAACCUGGUUUUAUAGUAAUUGUCUUUCACCAGCCCUGAAACUACUGCGAAAAUAA